UUAAAUGUAGUUCAUUACAUUAAAUAUCCUCAAAACUGCAACAAAUUUCAAAUAGUAAUUUGAAAUGCUGGUACGAUCAGUUUUUGGUUUAACAGGCGCCAUGACAACCAUGGUAAUGGCGCCCUUUUGCAGUCGUCCGCAAGUUUGUUUGUUCAAUAAUGUGAAAGUGCAUUGAUUUCUCUUGAAAAGAAAAGUGCAAAGUUCUACAUCGUCUUGUCAAUCUAGUAAAUCUAUAAUAUUAAUAGAGAGUAACAUAUAUAUUUUGUGUUGAAAUAUUGCUAGCACGAUGUUCGUACAAAAGAAAAAACUGGUCGAGCAUGUGCUGGCAAUGAAGGCGGCCAAUGGUGGCAGCGGAAGCGAAGAUGAAGAGGAAGAGGAGGACGAGGGAGACAUUUUGCAGCGACGAAGGGAAGAAUGCGAGCGAAAGGCGCGGCGUGGGGAGAUGGACCCCCGUUUGGAGUUCACAUUCCAGCUGCUGAUAGAUGCCACACAACUGCCCAGGCAUCAGCUCAUGGACUACAUAUUCGAAGGGGAUAUGCUCGAUGAGAUCAAUCAGCUCUUUUUGCCGAAUAUGAAAAACAAGCUGCUGUGGUUCUAUCAGGAGGUCGAUGAACCAGAGCCGCCGCCCGUGGUGGAUGCCAAUAAACCGGGACCAUCACGCACUGGCAUGGCAUCGAGCAGUUCCAAGACACCGCAGGGUGGCGCCUCACCGAGUGGUCUGCCGCCGCCCAAACACAAGAAACUCUUCCUAACCGAUGGCUGGACUUGCGCCUUUACUGGCGUAUGUAUUUAUAUCUUUCGCGUGAAUACGUCCAAGCAGCUGCCCGAGGAGGGAUUCCAAAAGGAUUUAUACUGUGGCGUCAUCGAUGCCAAGAAUAUUGGCCUAGUCACAUCCAUAGAGCGCAUCGUCGAGUACGUCUUCAUGCAGGCCCUUGCCUUUCCUAGCCUGGAGGGCGAUGAAGAAGAUGUCAGCUGUGGCCUCAUCAAGGGACAGCUGCUACCCGGACUACGCUCCUUUUGCAGCGCGUUGCGUGUCUGCGAACAGGUCUGCGAUCAUUACAAUGUCUUUGCCGAUGGCUGUGACAUGUUCGAUGGCUGCCUUGUGGUCGAUGAGGUCAAGGACAUGGCCAAGAAUCAGCAGUUCUGCGCCCAACUGGAGGAGCGCGUCAACAACUGGUCCAAGGGCAUACUCAAAAUUCUCGGCGAGAGCGAGCAGUUGCGCAAGGAGAACGAUCACAGUGGACCUCAGGAUGAGCUCGAGUAUUGGAAGAAACGCGGUGCGCAGUUCUCACAACUAUUAGCUCAUCUGCAGGACAAGGAAGUGCAGUUCACGCUGCAUUGUCUGUUCCUUGCCGGCUCACGUGUGAUGCGGCAGUGGAAGGAAACCGAUCGCAAGAUCACUUUUUGCUACAACGAAGCGCGCGACAACUCUAAGUUUAUUCAGGCCAUGGAGACUUGUUGCCAUUCACUAUAUCUCGACGAUCCGGUCAGCAUGAAGGAGUCCAUCUUAAGUCUGCUGCAGACAGUGCGUCUCAUCUACAGUGUAUCUCAGUUCUACAACACUUCUGAGCGCACAUCAGCGCUAAUGGUCAAAAUUACAAAUCAAAUGAUCGAGACUUGCAAAUCCUACAUCACAUGUCGCUGCAAAGAAACAAUUUGGUCUCAGGAUCGCAGUCUCAUUCGCACCAAGCUGAGCAACUGCAUCAAAUUGAAUCAUAUCUAUCACGAAACCUACUAUACAGUGAGGGAACAACCUUUUCUGCCACAUCAGACACCAUUUGGAUUCUCCGAGAACUUUGUAUUCGGCAAAUUUGAUACGUUCUGCGAGCGUCUGUCGAAAAUAAUUAAUAUGUUUAAUCUGAUUGAUGAUUACAAUCAUUUGUUUGAGCGUCGCUUGGAGGGCUUGUUGCUUGGCGAGGCCCUUGAAGAUGCUUCCAAUCAUUUUGAGGAGGCUAAGAAAGAAAUCAUAUCCAAGAAAUACGAUUAUCUUGAUCAUCGCAAUGCCGAUUUCAAUGACGACUUUGAUCGUUUCAUAAACAAAACCGAUUCCCUGAAGGACACGAUUGCCACGCUGAUCGAGCGUGACUUUGACACCGUCUGGGAGACGCCUCAGUGCAUCCGCUUCUUGGUGCGCUUCGAGAAGGUCAGCGAGAAGAUUCCGCUGACCCGCAUGGAUGAGAAGUACACGCGUAUUCUGCGCUACGUAGAGAAAGAGGUGGACCGCAUUCUCAAGACCUUUCGCAAGCAACGCGAUGAUCCUCCGCUCGCUCGUAAUUUUCCCCCCAUUGCGGGUCGCAUUCACUGGUGUCGCGCCCUCAAUUUACAUCUCACAGAGCUGAUGGAUGCAGUGAUGGAUCAUGCUGUGCUCAGCACACAACCUCUAGCCAGGGAUUUGGAUGUGCGCUUUAAUAAUGUGCUCGGUGUGCUGCAGGAGUACGAGGAUGAGAUUGUUUCCAUUUGGCUGGACCAGGAUAUUAGCGUGGCCGAUGCCUGCCUACUGCAACCUUUGCUCUGCUUACAGGGCGACAGGUUGUUUGUGAAUCUGCAUCCCACAAUUCCCUUGCUCAUACGAGAGGCCAAGAUGCUGGCCAAACUGAACAUUGAGCUGCCCAUUGUGGCCGCCACGCUGAUGAGUCGUCAUCAGUACUUCCUCACCAUACAGGACUCAUUAAAUAGUCUUAUCAAAAUGUUCCUGUCAACGGUGAAGGCUGUCAAGCUGGAGGUGCGUCCUCUGUUUCUGCCACAGCUGGUGCGCUUGACGGCCAUGUUGAAACCUGGUUUGCACAGCAUCAAUUGGACAAACCAGAACUGGACACAAUUCUAUGAGCGUUGCAAGCAGGCCAUCGAAACGUUCGAAGUGUUGGUGGCUCGCGUGCACGACAUCUACUCGAAUCGCAUACUCAACGUGCUGAUGUGGAUGCAGGAUGUCUCACUCCAGAUACUGCCAGCAGACGAUGAAAUCUGGACAGUUGAUGAAUUUCUAGAGCGUAGCGAGGAGGCAUGCAGAAAAGCUGCCAUUGAACUGAAUCGUAAAAGUCAAAUGGUCUCCGAGGCGGUCGAAGAAGUUUUAAAUUUGGUGGACAAGGCGACGGAGACAUUUAAGGAGAUUGCUGGCGACGACGUGGUCACCUUGUUCGAUGCAACUCCUAAAGGUGAUCAAACGGGCUCGGGGGGUCGCAAAGCGGAGGAUGGCGCUGCAGCUGGCACUAGUUCUGGAGGUGCAGCAGCCUCGAGUGGCGCUGGAGCUGGUUCUGGAGGUCAACAGCAGGACUGGAGUAUUUUGUGGUCAUGCUUUGAGAAUCCCUUAACGCUGCUCUCUACCUCCGAGAGUCUGCCCAAGGGCAUGCAGGACAUGGUCUGCAAUGCCGUUGUCGAGAUGCGUCGCUAUUACAGCCGCAAGGUGAUCGAUGUGCUCAUCAAGGUGAUACGUGCGGCGCUGGACACGAUGCGGCGUCGGUUCAUCGCCGACGAGCACGAGACGGCAGCGAAGAAGCCGAUCUUUGCGCUGCACGCGCAGCUGCAGAUACCCAAUGUGGUCAUUAAGCCGAGUCUGGACGAGCUGCAGGAUAUAUUGGUGACGGCUGGCAAGAAUAUCACGGGCAUUGCGAAGGGUGUGGCGCAAUGGACUAGCGGCAAGGAUCCGCCGCAAGUUUCGAUGACGGCGCAGCCGCGCGUCGGACGCAACCACACAGACGCUGCAGGCGGCGCAAAGAAUCGACGCCGCAAGAUCUAUUGUCUGGCCUCCGAGGAGCGUCCCCAGAUGCCGCACAUGCUGAAGAGCUUCUACUCGGCCAUCAUGGACAACAAGGAGGUGGCCAAGGCUCUCAAUCAGCUCUCCAGCUGCACGAAGAACGUCAAGCCCGAGAUCCAAACGUACAUCAAACGCUGGAAGCCGUAUCAUUUCCUUUGGAAAAACGAUCGCACCACACGUCAGCUCAUGGAGUUUGGUCUACAACAGUUUGAAUCGACUCUACGAUGUCUGGCCGAAUUGGAUGCAAAUCUACUCGUUGAACCAGACAUGGAGGUCUUUGGCCAGUGCGUGGCCGUCUAUAAUGAAAGGCUUAAGUAUGGUUUGGCCAUUGAGAUCAAGUCCUGCAACCAUAAAAUUGGCCAGGCGAUGAAGAAGAAGUAUAAGAAGGAAAUGGACUAUGUGUAUGCGGUGAUCAAUGAAAUGGAUCGUAAACUCGACCGACCCAUUCGUGACCUGGACGAUGUACGCAUGAUAAUGGAAACGCUGGGCAAGAUACGUGAGCAAGAGGUGGACAUGGAGCUGCGCAUAGAUCCCAUUGAGGAGGCGUUUAAUGUGCUCACACGAUACGAGGUGCAGGUGGAGCGGGAGCAGUUCGAUUUAGUUGACAAUUUGCGGGCAACGUUUCAGAAUUUGCUGGCCGGAGCGCUGCAGGCGCAGGUGAAACUACUGGACAUGCAGCCGGCGUUCCAGGGCGACUUGCGCAGCAAUCUAGACAACUUUAAGCAGGAUAAGAUUGCAUAUGUGACGGAAUAUCGCACAGCGGGACCCAUGCAGGCGGGUCUGACGCCGCGCGAAGCUUCCGAUCGUCUGAUAUUGUUCCAGAAUCGUUUUGAGGGCAUGUGGCGCCGCCUGCAGACGUACCAAAGCGGCGAGGAACUCUUCGGUCUGCCACAGACCGAUUAUCCAGAGCUGGGCCAGAUACGCAAGGAGCUCAAUCUGCUGCAGAAACUGUAUAAGCUCUAUAACGAUGUGAUUGAUAGGGUUAGCAGCUACUACGAUAUACCGUGGAAUGAGGUGGACAUCGAAGAGAUCAACAAUGAGUUGAUGGAGUUCCAAAAUCGUUGUCGCAAGCUCCCCAAGGGCCUCAAAGAGUGGCCUGCAUUCCAUGCUCUGAAGAAGACCAUCGACGACUUUAAUGACAUGUGUCCGUUACUGGAGUUGAUGGCGAAUAAAGCCAUGAAGCCACGCCAUUGGCAACGGAUCAUGGAUGUUACUCGCUACAUCUUCGAGUUUGACUCGGAGGGUUUCUCGCUUAAGAACAUACUCGAGGCGCCGCUGCUCAAGCACAAGGAGGACAUCGAGGACAUUUGCAUUAGUGCCAUGAAGGAGAAGGAUAUUGAGGCGAAGCUCAAGCAGGUGACCAACGAAUGGUCCGUCCACGAACUACAAUUCAUGAGCUUUAAUAAUCGCGGCGAACUUUUACUGCGCGGUGACACCACAGCCGAGACAAUCGGCCAGUUAGAGGACAGCUUAAUGGUCCUCGGUUCACUGCUAUCAAAUCGCUAUAAUGCGCCCUUUCGCAAGCAAAUCCAGCAAUGGGUCUACGAUCUGUCCAACUCCAAUGAGAUACUGGAACGCUGGCUGCUCGUUCAAAACAUGUGGGUCUAUCUCGAGGCUGUAUUCGUUGGCGGCGACAUUGCCAAGCAGCUGCCCAAGGAGGCCAAACGGUUCUCCAAAAUCGACAAGUCCUGGCAAAAGAUCAUGCAGCGCGCUCACGAGACUCCUGGCGUUGUGGCUUGUUGUGUGGGCGAUGAUCUGCUUAAGCAGCUUUUGCCCCAUCUUCAGGAGCAGCUCGAGAUUUGUCAGAAAUCUUUGAGUGGUUAUUUGGAACGCAAACGCAUUAUGUUUCCGCGUUUCUUCUUCGUUUCGGAUCCAGCGCUGCUUGAAAUUCUUGGUCAAGGAUCCGAUUCGCACACCAUACAGAAUCAUUUACUAAACAUAUUCGAUAAUACCAAAUGCGUGAAAUUCCAUGAUGUGGAAUAUAAUAAAAUGAUGGCAAUCAUCAGCAGCGAGGGAGAGAUGAUACAACUGGAUCGUGCCAUUCGAGCCGAGGGUUCGGUCGAGACAUGGCUAACUCAAUUGCUGGUCACAGCACAGCAGUCACUGCAUUCAAUCAUCCGCACCGCAUAUGCGACAAUAAACGAUCCGAAUUUCACGCUGCUAAGCUUCCUCGAGAAGGUGCCGGCACAAAUCGGUUUAUUGGGUAUACAAAUGAUAUGGACACGAGAUGCAGAAAUGGCUCUGAUGCAGGCCAGACAUGAGAGGAAGGUCAUGUCAGAGACGAACAACAAGUUCCUAGAGAUGCUCAACACCCUGAUCGAUCAGACCACGCGUAAUCUAUCCAAACGGGAACGCACCAACUUUGAAACUCUAAUUACCAUUCAUGUGCAUCAGCGAGACAUCUUCGAUAUACUGUGUCGCAUGAACAUCAAGUCAUCAAACGACUUUGAGUGGCUGAAGCAGUGUCGAUUCUACUUCAAAGAGGACUUGGACAAGACCUGGAUAUCUGUUACAGAUGUCACAUUCACCUAUCAAAACGAAUAUCUUGGCUGCACAGAUCGCUUAGUGAUUACACCUCUUACGGAUCGUUGCUACAUUACUCUGGCCCAAGCGCUCACCUUGAGUAUGGGAGGCGCACCGUGCGGUCCUGCGGGCACUGGCAAAACGGAAACUGUAAAGGAUAUGGGCAAGACGUUGGCCAAGUAUGUUGUCGUUUUUAAUUGCUCCGAUCAAAUGGAUUACAGGGGCCUGGGACGCAUCUAUAAAGGUCUAGCCCAGUCCGGUAGCUGGGGCUGUUUCGAUGAGUUCAAUCGCAUCGAGCUGCCCGUUCUCUCUGUGGCUGCCCAACAGGUUGCCGUUGUCCUCACCGCCAAGAAGGAGAAGAAAAAGACAUUCCUCUUCACGGAUGGCGACACGAUUGAAAUGAACCCUGAGUUUGGCAUUUUCAUAACUAUGAAUCCAGGAUACGCUGGUCGCAAAGAGUUGCCGGAGAACUUGAAAAUCCAAUUUCGUACAGUGGCCAUGAUGGUGCCGGAUAGACAGAUUAUUAUAAGGGUUAAGCUAGCUAGUUGCGGAUUUCUGGAGAACAUCACGCUGGCACGCAAAUUCUAUACCCUGUACAAGCUCUGCGAAGAGCAGCUGACCAAACAAGUCCACUAUGACUUUGGUCUGAGAAAUAUAUUAUCCGUGCUGCGCACAUUGGGAGCUGCCAAACGUCGGAACUCUAAGGAUAGCGAGAGUACGAUUGUGAUGCGGGUCCUGCGCGACAUGAAUCUCUCCAAGCUGAUUGACGACGACGAGCCACUAUUCAUAUCGCUGGUGUCGGACUUGUUUCCCAAUCAGACUCUCGAAAAGACCAACUAUCCUGAGCUGGAGGCGGCGAUACUCCAGCAAACAGAAGAGGCUAGUCUGGUCUACCAUCCUCCGUGGGUUCUCAAACUAAUACAGCUCUACGAGACACAGAAUGUGCGGCACGGCAUCAUGACUUUGGGCCCAAGUGGAGCAGGCAAAAGUACCUGCAUACACACUCUCAUGAAGGCCAUGACACAGAUGGGCGACAGUCAUCGCGAGAUGCGCAUGAAUCCAAAGGCCAUAACAGCGGCUCAGAUGUUUGGUCGCCUCGACGUGGCCACAAAUGAUUGGACCGAUGGCAUCUUCUCCGCCCUGUGGCGCAAGACUCUCAAGCUCAAGGCAGGCGAACAUGUCUGGCUGGUGCUAGACGGACCUGUGGACAGCAUUUGGAUAGAGAACUUGAACUCUGUGCUGGAUGAUAACAAAACGCUGACGCUGGCCAACGGUGAUCGUCUAACAAUGGCGCCCACAGUCAAAAUCAUAUUCGAGCCGCACAACAUUGACAAUGCCUCGCCGGCAACGGUGUCACGCAAUGGCAUGGUUUACAUGAGCUCAUCCGGCCUGGACUCGCGACCCAUUGUUCAGGCUUGGCUGAAGAAUCGCGCACCUGGCGAGAAGUCGACAUUCUCGCAAUUGUUUGAUCAGACCUUUGUCGACGUUUACAACUGGGGAGUGCAGAUGGUAAAGCUGCAGAUGCCGGUGCUGCAGUGCAACAUAGUGCAGCAGAUGCUGUUCAUACUAGAGGGACUUAUUCCCUCGAAGAAGGACGACGAGCAGGCUGUCAGUCUGUCCAGCAAGGAAAGCCAAGAUGCAGCAAAGCGUUUUGAGCAUCAAAAGCAACUCGAAGAAGCGCGACGGCAAUCGAUUGGCAGUCAGAUUGUCGAGGACUUGGCCGAGGAGAGCGCUCCGGAGGAGAAGGAGGAUACAUGCACCCCAGAGCACUUGCACCGCUUGUAUGUUUUCGCGCUGGCCUGGGGUCUGGGCGGGUAUCUCUCGACUAGUGAUCGCGUUAAAAUGAAUCUGUAUGUUAAGGAAUCGUUUCCGCAAUUGGACUACCCCAAGGGUAGUGCCCAUGAGAAUACAAUAUUUGACUUUUUCGUUUCUCCAACGGGCGUGUGGCAGUCGUGGAAGACGCUCGUUACACCCUACAUGUAUCCGGAGCUUUCCACACCGGACUAUUUAAGCAUUCUGGUGCCCAUUGUGGAUAAUGUGCGUAUCGACUAUCUGAUUGGCACCAUUGCCAAUCAGGAGCGCGCCGUGAUGGUCAUUGGCGAACAGGGCACGGGCAAAACGGUCAUUAUGAAGAACUUCAUGAAGAAAAUGAACAUUGAGACGUAUAUGGGAAGAUCAUUCAACUUCUCAUCGGCAACCAGUCCGUAUCAGUUUCAGCGCACAAUCGAAAGCUAUGUGGAAAAGCGAGUUGGUGUGACAUUCGGGCCACCCGGUGGCCGCAAACUGAUCGUGUUCAUUGACGACAUCAAUUUGCCGGAGAUCAAUGAGUGGGGCGAUCAAAUAACCAACGAGAUUGUGCGCCAGUCCAUGGACAUGAAGGGCUUCUACAGUCUGGAAAAGCCCGGCGAUUUCACCACCAUUGUCGAUGUGCAAUAUGUGGCAGCGAUGGGACUGCCCGGUGGCGGACGCAACGAUAUACCUUCGCGGUUGAAACGACAGUUUUGUGUGUUCAACUGCAACAUACCCGACAACGACUCCAUUGAUAAGAUCUUCCGCGUUAUCGGUGAGGGUCACUACAAUGCCAAGCGUGGCUUUGUGCCCGAGGUUCGCAAUCUGGUCAAGAAAUUGAUAUUAGUGACACGUCACCUAUGGCAGCGCACACGAGAAAAACUAUUGCCUACGCCGGCCAAAUUCCACUACGUAUUCAGUCUGCGCGAUUUGUCGCGUAUCUGGCAGGGCAUGGUUGGCACCUUAUCCACAGUGAUCACCGCGGAAAGUGUGCUCAUGUCAUUGUGGAAGCAUGAGUGCACGCGCGUCUUUGCCGAUCGUUUCACCACGUUCCAGGACAAGGAGUGGUUCGGCUCAGAGUUGGCCGCGCUAGUGCGCGAGGAGCUGGGCGAGUCCCAUUCCCAAAUGAUCAUACCGAAUCCGGUGUUUGUUGACUUCAUGCGGGACGCCCCCGAGCCGACUGGCGAGGAGGGUGAGGACACUGACAUGGAAUUGCCCAAAGUCUACGAACCGGUGAACUCUCAUAACUCGUAUGAAGCGCUACGCGAGCGUCUCGUUAUGUUUCUCGCCCAAUUCAAUGAGAUGGUGCGAGGCUCCGGAAUGGAUUUGGUGUUCUUCCCCGAUGCAAUGCUGCAUUUGGUGAAGAUCUCCCGCAUCAUUCGGCAUCCGAGAGGCAACGUCAUGCUGGUCGGGGUCGGCGGUUCUGGAAAACAGUCGCUGACGAAAUUGGCAUCAUUCAUUGCCGGCUACAAGACAUUCCAAAUUGCGUUGACGCGUUCGUACAAUGUGGCCAAUUUUCUAGAGGACCUAAAGCUGCUCUAUCGCACCUGCGGCGUUCAGGGCAAGGGCACGACCUUUCUCUUCACUGACAUGGAUAUCAAAGAGGAAGGUUUCCUCGAGUAUCUCAACAAUAUACUCUCGAGCGGCGUCAUAUCAAAUCUAUUCUCGCGCGAUGAGCAGGCCGAAAUCGUGCAGGAGUUGACGCCGGUCAUGAAACGCGAGAAUCAACGCAAAACAGCGACCCCGGAGAGUGUGAUGGAAUUCUUUUUGGCACGCACCUGCACCAAUUUGCAUGUGGCAUUCUGUUUCUCGCCCGUGGGUGAGACGUUCCGGUCGCGGGUGCAACGCUUUCCUGCCUUGGUCUCCGGCUGCACCAUCGAUUGGCUGCAUCCGUGGCCCAAGGACGCAUUGGUCUCGGUUGCCAGACACUUUCUCAGCCACUUCGAGAUUGAGUGUACACCGGCUGUCAAAGAAGAGCUGGUUAAUGCGCUCGGCUCCAUUCAGGAUAUUGUCGCCGAAACAUCGCAGGAAUAUUUCCAGCGAUUCCGUCGCGCCACUCACGUGACACCCAAGUCUUAUCUGAACUUCAUAGCCGGCUACAAGAACAUUUACCAGCUGAAGCAGCAAGAGCUGCGCGAUGGUGUGGAGAAGAUGGAUACGGGUUUGGAGAAACUGAAAGAGGCUUCCGCCUCGGUUGAGAUCCUUAAGAAAGACCUAGUCGUCAUGGAGGAAGAGCUUGUCGAAGCCUCCAAGAACGCUGAAUCUGUGCUAGUUGAGGUUACCGAGCGUGCUAUGCAAGCGGAGAUUGUCAAGAAUCAGGUGCUCAUCGUCAAGGACAAGGCUGAAGCUCUCGUCGCCUGCAUUGCCAACGAAAAAGCGCUGGCUGAGGAGAAGCUGGAGGCAGCCAAGCCCGCUCUCGAGGAGGCUGAGAAUGCCCUGAACACCAUCAAGCCGGCGCACAUUGCCACAGUGCGUAAGUUAGGCAGACCACCGCAUCUUAUCAUGCGUAUUAUGGAUUGCGUGUUGAUCCUGUUUAAGCGCAAGCUGCAUCCCUGCAUUCCCGACUCAGGCACGCCGUGUCCGAAGCCCUCUUGGCAGGAGUCCCUCAAGAUGAUGGCUAGUGCAACGUUCCUGCUGCAGCUGCAAAACUAUCCCAAAGACACCAUCAACGACGAGAUGAUCGAUCUGCUGCAACCCUACUUCCGCAUGGAAGACUAUAACAUGGACAUGGCGCGUCGUGUGUGCGGAGAUGUUGCCGGUCUACUCUCAUGGACCAAGGCCAUGUCCUUCUUCCACAGCGUCAACAAGGAGGUGCUGCCUCUUAAGGCGAACCUCACGUUACAGGAGGCGCGUCUCAAGCUCGCCAUGGACGAUCUAGCUGGUGCCGAGGAGCAGCUGCGUGAGCGCGAGGAGGCUCUGCAGGCUGUCAAGGAUCAGUACGACAAGGCGGUGGGCGAGAAACAACGCCUCAUGGAUGCGGCCAAUGUCUGCUUGCGUAAGAUGACAGCGGCCACGGCUCUGAUCAAUGGCCUGUCAGACGAGAAGCAUCGCUGGACGAAUCAGAGCAAGGAAUUCAAGAUACAGUUGGGCAAGCUAGUGGGCGAUGUGCUGCUGGCCACCGGUUUCCUCUCUUACUGCGGUCCCUAUAAUCAGGAGUUCCGCGCUAAUCUCAUACGCACCUGGAUGGGCAUACUUAAGCAGAAGGCCAUUCCUUUCACAACUGGCCUCAACAUCAUCAAUAUGCUAGUGGACUCGUCCACAGUAUCGGAGUGGACAUUGCAAGGGUUGCCCAAUGAUGAUUUAUCCGUACAGAAUGCCUUGAUAGCCACGAAGUCUAGCAGCUAUCCGCUUUUGGUUGAUCCACAGACGCAAGGCAAGAUAUGGAUCAAGUGUAAGGAGGAUCGCAAUGAGCUGCAGAUCACCUCGUUGAAUCACAAAUACUUCCGCACACAUCUGGAGGACUCUCUGUCUUUGGGCAGGCCGCUGCUGAUCGAGGAUGUGGGCAUCGAUCUAGAUCCGGUUAUCGACAAUGUGCUCGAGAAGAACUUUAUCAAGUCGGGCAGCAUUGAAAAGGUACUGGUGGGCGAUAAGGAGUGCGAUGUGAUGCCGGGAUUCAUGCUAUACAUCACCACAAAGCUGCCCAAUCCAGCCUUCAGCCCCGAGGUCAGUGCCAAGACCUCAAUCAUCGACUUUACAGUGACAAUGCGUGGUCUGGAGGAUCAACUGCUGGGACGUGUCAUACUCAUGGAGAAGUCCGACUUGGAGGCAGAGCGCGUGGCGCUCUUCGAGACGGUGAUGCAGAAUCAGCGAAACAUGAAGGAGCUCGAGGCAAAUCUCUUAUUGCGCUUGAGUUCAUCGCAGGGCUCGCUGGUGGACGAUGAGGCGCUCAUCGAGGUGCUGCGUGUCACCAAAACCACAGCCGAGGAAGUUAAUCAGAAACUUAAAAUAUCCGAGGUUACCGAACGAAAAAUCAUGAAGGCCCGCGAAGAAUUCCGCGCAGUGGCCAAGCGAGGAUCGAUCCUCUACUUUUUAAUUGUUGAGAUGAGCAAUGUGAAUGCCAUGUACCAGAAUUCUCUUAAACAGUUUCUCGUCAUAUUCAACAACUCAAUCACAAAGUCUACCAAGUCGAGCAUUACCGAGGAGCGCAUCAACAUCAUUCUACGCUAUCUUACCUAUGAGGUUUACAAGUUUACCAAUCGCAGUCUCUAUGAGCGACAUAAGCAACUCUUCACCUUGAUGCUGGCCAUCAAGAUUGAUUAUCACAAUGGCAACAUCAGUCACGAGGAAUUCUUGACGUUUAUUAAAGGUGGUGCUUCCUUGGAUUUGAACGCUGUGGCACCAAAACCGUUUCGUUGGAUUCUGGAUAUCACUUGGUUGAAUCUGGUGGAGAUUAGCAAACUUGAGACAUUUUCCACGGUGCUGCAGAUCAUUGAGCUGAAUGAACGCGACUGGCGCAGCUGGUAUGAGUGUGAGAAGCCAGAAAACGAGGAGAUACCUUGUGGAUAUAAUGCAGUGCUGGACAGCUUCCGCAAGUUACUGCUUAUACGUUCCUGGUGCCCAGACCGUACCAUUUCCCAGGCGAAGAAGUACAUUGAAGAAUCCUUGGGUCCAGAGUACAGUGAGAUGCAAAUUUUGGAUCUUGAGGCCACCUGGGCAGAGUCUGAACCCCGCACGCCCUUCGUUUGCCUGCUCUCCAUUGGCUCCGAUCCCACUACACAAAUUGGUGGUCUGGCCAAGCAAAAGGGCAUCAUACUAAAAUCCGUGUCCAUGGGUCAGGGACAGGAGUAUCACGCUCGCAAGAUGAUCAUGGAAUCCAUGGCGAUUGGUGGUUGGGUGUUGCUGCAAAACGUGCAUUUGUCGCUUCCCUUCUGCUCGGAGGUGAUAGAUAUGUUGGUGGAGACAGAGCACAUCGAUGACACCUUCCGCAUGUGGGUGACUACAGAGCCACACUCGGAAUUCCCGAUUGGUCUGCUGCAAAUGGCAAUCAAGUUCACCAACGAACCGCCGCAGGGCAUUCGAGCGAGUCUCAAGCGCAGCUAUCAGUCCUUCACGCAGGACUUUCUGGAUUACACUUCCGCCACGCAGUGGCCAUCUUUAUUGUAUACGGUGGCAUUCCUGCAUACCAUCGUUCAGGAGCGUCGCAAGUUUGGUCCGCUCGGCUGGAAUAUACCCUAUGAAUUCAAUCAGGCGGACUUUGCAGCAAGUGUGCAGUUCAUACAGAAUCACCUGGAUGAAAUGGAUCCCAAGAAGGGCGUCUCUUGGCAGACGCUCGUCUAUAUGAUAGGCGAGGUGCAGUACGGCGGUCGUGUCACCGAUGACUUCGACAAGCGAUUGCUGACCACAUUUACGUCAGUGUGGUUUUGCGAACAACUGCUGUCGAAUUCGUUUGAGUUCUACAAGGGAUACAAAGUGCCCGGCACCAAGAAUCUGCAGGGCUUUAUCGAUUAUAUCAAUAGCCUGCCGGCAUACGACACGCCUGAAGUGUUUGGCUUGCAUUCCAAUGCCGACAUCACGUACCAGAUUAACUCGGCCAAAGGCAUCCUCGAUACCAUACUGAGUGUGCAGCCCAAGGAGGGCGGCGGAGGAGGUGGCGAGACCAGAGAGAGCAUCGUCUAUCAGCUGGCCGACGAUAUGCUUCGCAAGCUGCCUGUGCAGUACAAUGCCUACGAGGUGCGUGAGAAUCUGACACGCAUGGGCAUCCUGCUGCCGAUGAACAUCUUUCUCAGGCAGGAAAUCGAUCGGAUGCAGCGCGUCAUCAAGCGCGUUCACACGUGUCUCUGUGAUCUGAAGCUGGCCAUCGAUGGCACCAUUGUGAUGAGCCCGGCGCUUAAGGAGUCAUUGGACGCCAUGUAUGAUGCCCGCAUACCUGAGACCUGGAUGAAAAUUUCAUGGGAGUCGACAACGCUUGGCUUCUGGUACACAGAGUUGCUGGAGCGUAAUGCACAAUUUCGUACUUGGAUAUCCACAGAUCGACCUAAGGUUUUCUGGAUGACGGGUUUCUUUAAUCCACAAGGUUUUCUGACCGCCAUGCGGCAAGAAGUAACACGAGCGCACAAAGGCUGGGCCCUCGACUCUGUUGUGCUACAGAAUCAAAUAACACGCUACAAUAAGGAGGACAUUACCGAGUAUCCAACGGAGGGCGUCUACGUGCACGGACUAUUUCUCGAAGGUGCUUCGCUAGACAGACGCAGCGGCAAGCUGAUUGAAUCAAAGAUGAAGGUGCUCUACGAACAAAUGCCAGUCAUUUAUAUCUAUGCCAUCAACACAACCGCCGGCAAAGAUCCCAAGCUCUAUGAGUGCCCAAUUUAUCGUAAACCGCAACGUACCGACCUCAAGUACGUUGGCUCCAUUGAUUUUGAGACCGACUUCAAUCCCAAGCACUGGACACUGCGAGGCGUCGCUCUGCUCUGUGACAUCAAAUAAGAGGCGAGCCACCCACAACAAAUGACACCACGAUGCCCCACUCAGUGGGCCAGCCAUUGUUUGCCAGCCUGUCAACUUUUGUACGUGCUCCGUCGUUCCCGUAAUGGUGCUGUGAUAAUUAUCGUUUUUUUGGGAGCCUUAUGUCAGCCCCUCCCUCCACUCCAAUUUUCGGCUUAGCUGUCUGUUAACAGUCUCGUGUAAUGCGUCAGCGAUACAAGUUUAUUAAUUAUGCCCUCGAGUUAUUCAAGAGGCGUUUCCCUGCACAAGGGAACAUCCAUCGUACACCAUAAUUAGCUGUUAGCCAAUGUUUAGAAUUACGGUUAAGUGUUUUUCUUAUUCUUUUUUUUUGCCUUGUUUGUUUCUUGUUUUCACUCCCGCAAGCUUCUUCAUCACUUCAAGUGCUGCACUUGUCAAACGAAAUA